GGAUUGACACCAACAAUUUGGCCAGCCCAGCUCAGCCCGAGCCUGUCCAUUGUUUUUUCGCCAACUCGAGGGCGAGACGAGGGCGCUGAAAUCCUCCGCCAACAAUUUGGCAACCAAAUUCUCUCCCGUGAUUUCUCCUCUCUCGACCUUCUCUGUCUUCUGUCCUUCGCGUUUCCUUCUCGAAGUACGGCAGCGGCGCACUGGACUGGCGAUGCAGAUGCCGAAACUCAAAAUAGAUUGAGGGGGAACACAGAUCAGGUGUCUAUGAGUGUACAGUUCGAAGCAAUUGGUCCAUAGUUCACCGGAGAUACAUGAAUCGACGAGGCGGACGUUGGUCAGAGUUGAAGAAGAAACUGAAAAUUCCGGCGGUACAGUCAACAGAACUCUGUGUUUAUUUAGGCAUAUUGCUCCCGAUCGCGUGGAGAUGGUCCCGUGCAAGGGAAUCCUACAGGUUAUGGUGACAUUCAUGCUGUAAAUGUCAGGGAAAUGGUAUUUAUCAUGAUUUAUGUUUCCUUUGAUAUGAUUAUCAGAGCCUGCCUCAUUGGUAACAUGACUGCACUUAUUGCCAAAGGCUUGAGAACCGAGCGAUUUCGUGACAAAAUGAAAGAAAUUAUCAGGUGUAUGAACAGAAAUAAACUUGGGAAGGACAUAAGGGAACAGAUCAAGGGACAUUUGAGAUUGCAGUAUGAGAGCAGCUGCACUGAAGCUUUGGUUCUUCCUACCAGGAGGUGCUAUUUUGGAGCAAGGAAGUGCAGUUGAUCAGAUAUACUUUGUCACGGUGAACCGGAAGGUGUUGGCAUUGGCGAAGAUGGUCAAGAGGAGACUCUUUAGAUGUUGGAGCCUGAGAGUUCUUCUGGUUAUAUGUUUAUGUUCUUCUCGUUAAAGCGUGAUUCUUUUGGGCUUGAAACUCUCGACUCUUGUAGUUGAAGUAAAAUACUCUACUCUAUUUUGGGGUUGACAUUUUAGGGGCUUUUCGAGAGUGGGCGAUGGAUGUCCGUAGCCGCGCGGGUCGCUCGCCGAUGAGCAUCCCCUUGCACAUUUUGCUGUGAUGUCAACGGAGGGACCUUGGUGGCAGCGCGAGGAAGGCCCGCGUGACACCAACGCUGCCACGUUGCAGGCCUACAAGAACCGUCGCUUUCCCUCACUUGUCGCGUCAUACAUGAUACAUCCAUCCAGUUCAAAUUGAGUUGCGAACCCAAGCUCGUUACUGCUACUGGAGUACUACCUACGCGCGGGGCAGUGGUGCAUGCGCUGCUAGCUCGAUAAUGCCAACGAGGCUGAAGAGGAGAGCGGAGGAGGAGAAUGAGGACGUGGAUUCCGACCGGUCGCCGUCGUGGCGGAACAACCGCCUCGAGCUCACCGGCCGCCUCCCUCCUCUCCACGGCAGCCGUCGCCACCACGGGGAGGCCGGGUUCUUCCACGGCCUCAUCAUCCACCCGGACAACAAGUCAUAUCGGUUAUGGACCAGGUUCAUAGUGGUUUGGGCAGUGUAUAGUUCCUUCCUUACACCCUUCGAAUUUGGAUUCUUCAGGGGACUCCCUAGGAAGCUGUUCUUCUUGGACAUAGCUGGCCAGAUUGCCUUCCUUAUAGAUAUUGUUCUGAAGUUUGUUGUGGCGUACCGUGACCCGGAAACGUACCGCAUUGUAUACAAUCCAACCUCUAUCGCCCUCCGGUAUUGCAAAUCAAGUUUCAUAUUUGAUCUCCUUGGCUGCUUGCCAUGGGAUGCUAUCUACAAGGCUUGUGGACGUAAAGAAGAAGUAAGAUACCUAUUGUGGAUUCGCUUAGCACGAGCUCUAAAGGUCACAGAAUUCUUUAAGGAUUUGGAAAAGGACAUUCGUGUGAAUUACCUGUUCACAAGGAUAGUGAAACUCAUAGUCGUGGAGUUAUAUUGUACACACACAGCAGCUUGUAUCUUCUAUUACCUGGCAACAACACUUCCUGAAUCAAUGGAAGGAUAUACAUGGAUAGGGAGUUUGCAGUUAGGAGACUACAGCUAUUCUCAUUUCAGGGAGAUUGAUCUUACCAAACGUUAUAUGACAUCACUGUACUUUGCCAUCGUCACCAUGGCAACUGUCGGUUAUGGUGACAUUCAUGCUGUAAAUAUUAGGGAAAUGAUAUUUGUCAUGAUUUAUGUUUCCUUCGAUAUGGUUCUUGGAGCUUACCUCGCCGGUAACAUAACUGCAAUGAUUGUCAAAGGCUCCAGAACCGAGCGAUUUAGAGAUAGAAUGAAUGAAGUUAUCAGGUAUAUGAAGAGAAAUAAACUUGGAAAUGAUAUCCAAGAACAGAUCAAAGGACAUUUCAGGUUGCAGUAUGAGAGCAGCUGCACUGAAUCCUCUGUGCUUCAGGAUAUCCCAGUUUCUAUUCGCGCAAAGAUUUCGCAAACAUUGUACGUGCCAUAUAUUGAAAGGUCUCCGUUGUUCAGAGGAUGUUCAGCAGAAUUCAUUCAACAAGUUGUGAUCAGGCUGCAAGAAGAAUUUUUCUUACCAGAAGAAGUUAUUUUGGAGCAAGGAAGGGCAGUAGAUCAAUUGUACUUUGUCUGUCAGGGUAAACUGGAAGGUGUUGGGAUUAACGAGCAUGGUGAAGAAGAGAAUAUUAUAAUGUUGGAGCCUGGAAGUUCCUUCGGAGAGAUUGCUAUUCUUUGUAACAUUCCACAGCCCUGCACUGUUCGUGUUUGUGAACUUUGCAGGCUCUUACGGCUGGAUAAAGAGUCCUUCACAAAGAUAUUGGAGAUUUACUUCGUUGACGGAAGAAAACUUUUGAGCAACCUUACUGAGAGCGAUGACUAUGGUCAGCGGGUCAAACAAAUAGAAUCAGAUAUCACAUUUCAUAUAGGGAAGCAAGAGCUGGAGCUGAACUUAAGAGUAAAUACCGCCGCCUUUUACGGUGAUCUUCAUCAGCUGAAUGGCUUAAUCCGAGCUGGAGCUGAUCCAAAGAACACUGAUUAUGAUGGGCGAUCUCCUUUGCAUCUCGCAGCUUCCAAAGGGCAUGAAGAUAUUGUGCAGUUCCUUGUCCAUGAAGGAGCUGAUAUCAAUCUUACUGAUAAAUUUGGGAAUACGCCCUUGCUGGAGGCAGUGAAGCAGGGGCAUGACCGUGUGGCCAAAUUGUUGUUUAGGAAAGGAGCCAAACUGAAGCUUGAAAAUGCCGGCAGCCAUCUGUGCAUGGCAGUAUCAAACGGAGACACCGAUUUCAUUCGGGGGGCUCUAGCUUAUGGUGCCAAUGCAGACUCAGAAGACUAUGACCACCGCAGGCCUCUCCACAUAGCCGCUGCAGAGGGCUUGUAUAUGAUUUCCAAGUUUCUGGUAGAUGCAGGCGCAAGUGUGCUCACAACAGACAGAUGGGGUAUUACUCCGUUGGAUGAAGGGCGUAAGUCUGGUAGUAAGCCGCUUAUUAUGUUGCUGGAACAAGCAAAAGCAGAAGAGCUCUCCAAGUUCCCCACACGCGGCGAAGAAGUGACAGAUAAAAUGCAUCCACGACGGUGCUCCGUGUUUCCUUACCAUCCAUGGGAUGCUGAUGUAAAGCGAAAAGAGGGGGUGAUGCUGUGGAUUCCUCACACGAUCGAUAAACUCAUCAGGUCAGCCCAGGAGAAGCUGAGCUUGUCAGGUUCAUGCUUGGGCUUGCUCUGUGAGGAUGGCGCGAGGGUCCGGGAUGUCGAAAUGGUCAAUGAUGGGCAGAAGCUCUAUCUGGUCAGAGGCGCGGGCACAGGUCAGAACGAGUAGAAGGUGACUCAGGCGCAAAAAUGAGAAGAAGAAUCAUAUUGUUUCAGUAAAAUCUUGAGUUUUUUCUGUCAGGUAUUUAUGUAAGAUUAAUAGCGUCCCCAACAUUUUUUUUUUGUAUUCUGGGUGCUUACCAGUGUAUACAAAAGUAAGAAAACAAUCAAACCGUUUCUACGAUGCUGUACAGAAAAUAGAAAUAUGAUGUAAAAAUUGAAUCUAAUGUGAACCAGUGAAUGAACACGUCAAAAAAAUGGUUUCACUCUGAA